AUGGAUUCACGACAUUUUAAUGUAUUUUUCGCUACCUAUCGUGCAUUCGCCGAACCAACAAAUGUACUCGAUCGAUUACUGAGGCGGUACGAAUCACUUGACAACGAGGUGAACUCCAGCACAUCGGCACUUGUUAUUCAAAAUUCUAUUCGAUCGAUAUUGAUAUGUUGGUUGGAUAUGUAUCCAGAGGAUUUUUAUGAUCCUGAUUGCGAUUUCGCAAUGCUCACGAGUUUGCUAGAUUUUGGUCAACGAAGCAAGUUAUCGGAUUUACGUGCCAAAUCAAGAAAGUUACUAGAACGCUUCAAGCAUAUUCAGGAGGAAGGCGGUAUGGUAGCUGCUCUUCCCUCUCUGGACCAAUUAGCUUAUGCAUUUGGAUAUGAUGCCUCUGAAUACUCGAAGAAUCCCCAAGAGAAGGUCAAAAUGUUCGACGUUGGCAGUGAAAACUGUGUUCAAAUCGCGGAACAAUUGACAUUCUGGGAUGCGGAGCUUUUCCGAGAGCUCAUUAUUCAUCAAUGUCAAGGAUGUGUAUGGUCGAAGAGGCAUCGGUUAAGCAAUGAUAAGGUCUAUACUGUGAAAGCAACAAUUGAUCAGGGAUUUUCGGGACCGUUUACCCUAGCUUAG